AUGGCGACCGCGCAGAUGCCUGCGGGCAGGUCCCGCCUAGCAGAUGAUGCCGCGACUGCUGCUCUCUACGUAACUCACCCCGAACGCAGGGCGUCUACUCGUGCUUCGAAUCCCCCCCGAACCCCUAAUCUCAGCCACGCCUCGGCCGCCUCCGCCCUCGCGCACGCUAAUCGCAAACCGGUCGAAGUAUGGCAACCCCCGACCAGACUGCCCGCCGCCGAAAAGGCAGCUCUUUGCGUCAAGGACUUCACACCACCUCAAAAACCUCAGCCGACUUCUCAGUAUAGCGCAGAAGGACUGGGCGCGGCCCUACUCGCUGCUCGCCAACAUCAAGCCGCGGCCCAAGCUCCACCCCCCACUCACAAACGUGGCUCCUCCGUCGAUCGGUACAACCACAUCGCAGUCGGCGGUGAUCCUAAAGCAAAGGCGCUUCAGGCCGCGACGGGCGCUUACACCACAUCCCGCAAGAGAGCCGACUCGGUACCCAGCGACCAAGGGGUUUCGUCCGAUACGCCCUAUGCCCUGUCCGCUGCAGGUGCCUUGCGACAUGUUCGUAUCGAGGAAGAUGCGCCCUUGAGCCAUCUCGAUAGCGGGAUGGAAGCAAGCCGGAUCCACCAUAUCGCCAACACCAAUGCGAAGCUGUACACCUCAGCCCCGCCCGUUCAGGCCGAGGUCGACGAGCAGAACUACAAGAACUCACUACGUGCCGCUGCCAUCUCGAUGGCAAAGGAUAUGUACCAAGUUUCCGACACCAAAGAGCCCGGGGAAUCGAAUCCGGCCCUCGUCGCCGCCCAGAAAGGCCAAAGCCAGCUAGGAUAUCGCAAGACCGUAUCCGCAGUAGAUGGAUCUGCCGUGCGACACGCAAUAGCCCUGCAAGAAGCCGCGCAGAAACGCGCUUCCGAAAAACUGGCUCGCAUGCACGAUGAGAACGCCGAGUACCAGCAGUAUUACGGCACAGCGCCUCAACCGCAACGAUCUCGUCUGAGUCGCCGUAAGCGGACUUCUAGUGAUGCCGACGCGUCGCAGAUCGACGCCGAGCAGUCCCGCCAGAUCCGAAGCCAGAUGACCAGUCUGCGCACAAAGUUGGAUCGUGUCGACGUGCGCAGAACCAAGGACCGUGAGUUGCUUAUGCAGGCUGCUCGCCGGAACGUCGAUCAGACGCUCCAGGAUAUGGAGGCGCGGGUGUAUGCGAAUACCGGUCGAGCACCUCCUUCUGUGCAGAAGGGGUGGGACGAGGUUGCGCAGGAGCGUGUACGUCGGGAGGCCGAGGCUUUCGAUGCUGCUACCCAGCAGGGAGAUCGAGUCAAGAUUGGAAGUCAGCAGUAUAUGGAUUAUGCUGAUGUCGAGGCUGUUGCUCGCUCACGUCUGCAGCCUGCGCUUGAUGAAAUCACGGAGAAUGCUGAACUGCAGCGGGCUCAUGACGUUGAGGCUCGUUUGGAUGCUGAGGAGAGACAAAGACAUGCUGCUGUGGAACGUCAGCGUGAGGCUGAGAUGAGAGAGUUGGAGAAGCAAGACAAAGGCACCACGAAGAGCAAAGGCGAGGGCAAGGUCACUAUCCCUAAAUUCUUCUUGUGGCGCAAAAAGGGCAAGCGCGCUCGUGUCGAGUCCGAAGCCGACGAGGCCCAGGCCGUCUCACCCGUCACCCAGGAGAUUGUCGAAGAACCCGCGCCUGCGGCUGCCACAGAUGUAUCAAAGGAUGUCAUUCCAGAGGAAGCCUCCAGCAACGCCUCGGAAGCCGGUCCUGCCCCCAUCGCAGCGGCCCAGGCCGCAGCAAUGGAAAGCCAAGAGAAACCCCGAGAGCCUGUACAACAGCCCACCCCAGAGCCAACUCCAGAGCCAAAGCAGGACGUCGUCCGUGUUCCCACGCAAGAGCCAGAGCCAGAGCCCACCGAACCCUCCGAAACCGACGACAUCCCACCAGCAGUUCCCCGCCGCCGUUCCGCGCCGCUGACUGCACACGCCGAACGCGAUACACCAAUCCACUGCUUCACCCCGCCCGUCAACAGCCCGCGCGCCGACUCAAAGCUGAAAUCCUGGUUCCGGGACCGUCUGGUCCGCCGCUCAUCCGGCCCUGUCCCCGCGGCGCCGCCCCUCACGGGACCCGAAGAGCCGCGCGGUGCAGCACUAAGCUCACACCCAUUAAACGGAAUGGAGAUCCCAACGCACAACCGCUCGUCCAGCUACUACAGCAACGAGUUCGACGUGACGAAGACGCGGAGCGGCGAGUCUGGAGCUUCUUCUCCGAAGACGAGGAAGAUGGAUCGUCUGCGCAAGACCUUUCUGAGACGGGUUUCGCGGAGCGAUGAUGAGGCCAUGCCGAAUGCGGCGGAUGCUGAUGAGCCGAGGAGGGAUUCUGAGGUCCCGAGUGUUAAGACUGAUGUUCAGAGCUUGAGGAACAGUGCCCUUGAGCAGGGUUUGCCUGCGCCGCCUACUAUUGCGGAGACUAUGAGUACGAAGAGGGAAUCGAGGUUCUCGGAGGAUCUUUGA